CCUAUGGUAUGUGCCAAAAAUAUCAAGAGAUAAUGAUAUUAUUUUUUAUUAUGUCGAAAUAAUGAAUGACGUGUGCGUGUGACUGAGGUUUUAGUGUUACAAAGUAAUAUGAUAAAAUGAUAAGUGAAUACUUGAAUAGCGUUAAAAUGUAUAAAGUAAAUAUCUUUUCAACUAAUUUUUUGUGCUUUGUGUAAUUGUAUCACACAAAAAUAGUAAUUUGGUCUAAACUUUGCACUAUAUUGUAUAUGUUUAAAAAAAAGAAUAAUUACGACAAGUUCAUUACGUACAUAUCGACAAGUCACUAUGUCGAGACUAGAUAACACUGACGCAUUGGAAAAACAAUUAGCUGAUCUACAAAUGACUAAGGACAUAAAUUCGGCUGGAAAAAUAAAAAAGAUACCACCAGCUGUGCCACCAAAGAAGAAAGCUCAGCCUCAAGUUCCUCACAGUGCCGUCGUCAAUACAUUGCGUGAGCCUUCUUACUCAACAAAGAUAACUCCUUUACAAAAUGUGCAGAACGUCCCUCCUCCACCUCCUCCUCCUCCGACGUACAGCAAUGUAACACGACAUCCAAGCAAUAAUCAUCCUAUGCACAAAGAUUACGCAAAUGUAACUCAGUUGUCACUUCCUUCUUAUUCACUGCGACAAAAUGUGACCAUUCCAUCCAAAAGUUAUAACACUAUGUAUAGUAAUGUUCCCCAAUAUCAGAAUAAUCCACCGCCACCACCGCCUCCACCUCCUUUCCAUGCCUCAUCAAAGUCAUUUGAUCCGAACCAUAAUGAAGAAAUUUUACCUCCACCAUCUCCUGUUAGCUCUAAUUAUAGUGAAUUAAUGAGAGCCACUGCCAAUAUAAAUUUUAAUCAAGACCGUCCGCCUUAUCAUGCUAUAUAUCAAAAUGAGUACCCUGAGUAUGGAGUAUCUCAGGCAUCAACAUAUGAGUCACUUUAUGAGCCCAUUAACCUACAUCCACAAUCUAAUUCAGGGCAAGCUAAUAACCCAUCAAUCAGUCAAAACUACAAAAGCAAUUUGAGAUCUAUGGGAAAAUCUCCUUUGCCAAAGGAAGAAGAAGUAGAUGCAUUAACUAAUAUGCUUGUUCAAUCAAUAUCUGGUAGUUCAGAAUUCUUUGGUAUAUGUGUUAAAUGUGACCAACAAGUUGUAGAUGAGAGUUCUGGCUGCACUGCAAUGGGAAAUUUGUAUCAUAUUAAAUGUUUUUGUUGCCACAGAUGCAAUACUAACUUACAAGGAAAACCAUUUUAUGCAGUAGAAGGAAAUCCUUAUUGUGAAGCUGAUUAUUAUGAAACAUUAGAAAAAUGUUCAGUGUGUAACAAUCCUAUAUUGGAUAGAAUUUUAAGAGCAACAGGCAAACCGUAUCACCCAACUUGUUUCACUUGUGUUGUGUGUGGAAAAAGCCUUGAUGGUAUUCCGUUCACAGUGGAUGCUAUGAAUCAAAUCCAUUGCAUUGAAGAUUUUCAUAAAAAAUUUGCUCCAAGAUGUUGUGUAUGUGAGCUACCAAUAAUGCCUGAGGAAGGUGAAGAAGAAACUGUAAGAGUCGUUGCUUUAGACCGUAGUUUUCAUGUGCGAUGUUACAAGUGUGAAGAUUGUGGUCUUUUAUUGUCAUCUGAAGCAGAAGGGCGUGGUUGCUAUCCCCUUGACGAUCAUAUUCUUUGCAAGGCUUGCAAUGCUCAUCGUAUUCGUCUCAUUACUAAUGUAAUGACAACAGAUUUAUAAAUAUAUAUUUUUUUCUAUACAUUACCUUGCUUGAGCUCAGAUAGUUUUGUAAUGUCAUAUUAUGUUAUAUUUAAAUGAUUAUCAAUUGUUUAUAAAUGCCAUAUUUUAAUAUACAAGUUAACUUUUAAAAUAUAUGCAAUAUACAUUCUUACUAACAAAUCAAAACAUUUUGACAAUCCUUGCAUUACAGUGUUAUUACUUACAUUUUGUAAGUGUUAAAGAUGUUAUAUUUUUAUAGAAUUUUAUUAUAUAAAUAAAAUGAAUUAGACUUAUCAAAAUGAAUAUAGUUUAAUAUAUAGACUGAAGCGGUAGCAAUAUUUUUGCAUUUAUAAAGGAUAGUGUUAAAAAUUAACAUUAUUAAAUUUUUAAAAUGUGAUAUUUACAAAUUAUACAACUAAAGGCAAAGAUGUAUUCAUACUAAUUUAUUUGGGAGCAUUAUAAAUGCUAUAGCAUAGAUAUAUUUUAUAAAGUGCUUUUGCUAGUAAUUAAUGAAAUGGCAGCUGUAAUCUAUAUUUUUAAA